CCCCGGAGCCGUCUGAGGCCACUGGGGAACUGUGGGCUGGACGGGGUGGGGAAAGGAGAACGGCCUUCGACCGCCGCCCGAGUAAUUGAUCCAGAGCUCAUUUUUGGGAAAAGAGCUUCCUUCAAAAUGGUAAAAUAGUGAAAUGAGGAAUCUGAACAUUUUUAAUUUGGCAGUCUUCUGAGGAUGAAAAGAGCCAUUAAUCUGGGCCAUGUGGUAAAGUCUGGAAUUUGAAGAAAAUGGAAAUGUUUACAUUUUUGUUGACAUUUAUCUGUCUGCCCGUCAUAAGAGGGCACAGCCUCUUCACCUGUGAGCCAGUUACUGUUCCCAGGUGUAUGAAAAUGGCCUACAAUAUGACAUUUUUCCCUAAUCUGAUGGGUCAUUAUGACCAGGGUACUGCUGCUAAGGAAAUGGAGCAUUUUCUUCCUCUUGCAAACCUGGAAUGUUCACCAGAUGUUGUGACUUUCCUUUGCCAAACUUUUGUACCAAGCUGCACAGAACAAAUUCAUGUGGUUCCACCUUGUCGUAAGUUUUGUGAGAAAGUAUAUUCUGAUUGCAAAAAAAUAAUUGACACUUUUGACAUCCAGUGGCCUGAGGAACUUGAAUGUGACAGGUUACAAUACUGUGAUGAGACUGUUUCUGCACCCACAAAGUUUGAUCCACCCACAAAGUUUGUUGGCCCUCAGAAGAAAACAGAACAAGUCCAAAGAGACAUUGGCUUUUGGUGUCCAAGGCAUCUCAAGACCUCUGGGGGACAAGGCUAUAAGUUUCUAGGCCUUGACCAAUGUGCACCUCCGUGUCCCAACAUGUAUUUUAAAAGUGAUGAGCUGGAGUUUGCGAAAAGUUUCAUUGGAAUAGUUUCAAUUUUCUGUCUUUGUGCAACUCUGUUCACAUUUCUGACUUUUCUGAUUGAUGUUAAAAGAUUUAGAUACCCAGAGAGACCAAUCAUAUAUUAUUCUGUCUGUUAUAGCAUUGUAUCUCUUAUGUACUUUAUUGGCUUUUUACUAGACAACAGUACAGCCUGUAAUAAGGCAGAUGAGAAGCUGAAACUUGGUGACACAGUUGUUCUGGGCUCUCAGAAUAAGGCUUGCACCAUUUUGUUUAUGUUUUUGUAUUUUUUUACAAUGGCCGGCACUGUGUGGUGGGUGAUUCUUACCAUUACUUGGUUCUUGGCUGCAGGAAGGAAAUGGAGUUGUGAAGCCAUUGAACAGAAGGCCGUGUGGUUCCAUGCUGUGGCAUGGGGAAUACCAGGUUUUCUGACCGUUAUGCUUCUUGCUAUGAACAAAGUUGAAGGAGACAAUAUCAGCGGAGUUUGUUUUGUUGGCCUUUAUGACCUCGAUGCUUCUCGCUACUUUGUGCUCUUGCCGCUGUGCCUUUGUGUGUUUGUUGGGCUGUCUCUUCUCUUAGCCGGAAUUAUUUCUUUAAAUCACGUUCGGCAAGUUAUACAACAUGACGGCCGAAACCAAGAGAAACUGAAGAAAUUUAUGAUUCGGAUCGGAGUCUUCAGUGGCCUGUAUCUUGUACCAUUGGUGACGCUUCUCGGAUGUUAUGUCUAUGAGCAAGUGAAUAGAAGUACCUGGGAGAUAACUUGGGUCUCUGAUCAUUGUCAUCAGUACCAUAUUCCAUGCCCUUAUCAGGCAAAAACAAAAGCUCGACCAGAAUUGGCUUUAUUUAUGAUAAAGUAUCUGAUGACAUUAAUUGUGGGCAUCUCUGCCGUCUUCUGGGUUGGAAGCAAAAAGACAUGCACAGAAUGGGCUGGGUUUUUUAAACGAAAUCGCAAGAGAGAUCCAAUCAGUGAAAGUCGAAGAGUACUACAGGAGUCGUGUGAAUUUUUCCUAAAGCACAAUUCUAAGGUUAAGCACAAAAAGAAGCACUACAAACCAAGUUCACACAAGCUGAAAGUCAUUUCCAAAUCCAUGGGAACCAGCACAGGAGCUACAGCAAAUCACGGCACUUCUGCAGUAGCAAUCACGAACCACGAUUACUUAGGACAGGAAACUUUGACAGAACUCCAAACCUCCCCAGAAACAUCAGUGAGAGACAUGGGAGCACAUGGGGCAAGCACCCCCAGAUUGAGAGAACAGGACUGUGGGGAACCUUCCUCCCCAGCAGCAUCCAGCUCGAAGCUCUCUGGGGAGCAGGCCGACCAAAGAGGCAAGACAGCGAGUGUGAAUGAAAAGAGCAGUGUAUCUGAAAGUGUGCGGAGUGAAGGAAGGGUAAGCCCAAAAAGUGAUUUUACUGAAACCGUCCCGGUGCAGAGCAACAACUUACAGAUCCCCGGUUCUUCACAGCCAAGCAGCCUCAAAGGUUCCACGUCACUGCUUGUCCACUCGGUUUCAGGACUUAGAGAAAAGCAGGGUGCGGACGGUCACUCAGAUGCUUGAAACACAGUUUAUCCCAUAAAUUAGAAGGGGAUUCAUGUUACACUGGAAGUUACCAAGGCACUGUCUUAUAAGGAUCACUGUUACAGCCUUAUUUUGCACUUAAAGCUACAUUCCUACUGUUACACUGGGAAAAAAAAAAAAAGAUUUUGAGGAGAAUAUGAUUCAUUUCAUAAAAAGGUUAAUGACAACACUAUGCCUGCAAAUAGAAACAUGCAGCUAAUAAUAUUUUUUAAAUCACUUGGGAGGUAAGAGUUAGAAGGAAUCUUCUUUUUCUAUUUAUGAAGAUUCUUCUCUU